AUUGAAGGCGGUUGCUUCUGCGGGCGCGUGCGCUAUCGUGCAGAAAGCGUUCAUAUGCUGCUCUCUGCGUAUUGCCACUGUACUAACUGCCAACGACUGACAGCUGGGACUGCCGUGCAUUCUAUCCAUAUCGAAGGAGAUGGUAAAUUUGACCUUCUUCGACCAGCGUUGGCAAUCGACGGCAAGAUCCAAGAAUUCCAUCUAUUCAGCAACACAAACAAAUUCCGCAAGCGCUGCGUAUUCUGCGGUACUCAAUUUGCGAGCUGGAAUGCGGACAAGAAAAAAUGGAGCAUUUGGGCCAGUACGGUCGACCGGGACAGCUCUGGCCAGAUUCCUGAGUGGUUGCGAGCUCAACACCACAUGUUCUAUGGCACACGCAGAUUCAGCGCCUUCGAUGAGCUUCCCAAAUGGAUUGGCUACCCAGAGAUAUCAGAGAGAGUU